CAUUUUAUAUUCUUUUUUUAAUGCAUAUUUUUAAAUUUUCAUAAAUUAAUGAGUUUAAUGAUGAAAAAAUAAAUAAGCGCUGUAGGAAAACUCGAAGUUUUUUAAAAAUAAAACAAAAAAAUUACGCUUAAGCGUAGAAUGCGAAGUAGGCAUGAGAAGCACAUAAUGCUUUGACGCGUAUUGUGGACCUCCGGCUUUAAGCAUUAGUUAGUUUAGAAAUCCCUCUAUCGGGCCUGUUGUUCGCUCCUUAGCCAGUGCCUUAAGUGGGAAUCAAACCUACUACCUCUGACCUACCAGUGCAGAAGAAUAACCUACCGGAUGCCAAGCCAAUCCUUUGGUGAGUUGGUUCGAAAAAUUUCUAUAUAAAAGUCUUAUUACCUACCAAUUUUCCAUAUCUUCAACUUUUAACCCUCAGAAGUUCGCAUCUAAAUUAAUAUUUUAAUAGAUUUUGGAAUAGUUUAUGGCGAGAGGACCACGUUAACGAUUCCGAGGGGAAUAAUGAUUUCUGCAUAAGUGUCAGCCCUUUAACAUAAAUAUAUUUUCCCAUUCUAUAUGAACUGUAUAAAAUUGUAUAAAACAAUUGAAAUUGGUUUUAAAAAUCUGUAGAAAUCGUCAUUACGUUGUCCUGUUUAAUUUAUAUGUUUUUGCUUAAAAUAUAUAUUAAAAACUUGACACGAUUUUCCCCAUUAUUGCUCCGUUGGGAGUUUUGAAACUAAUAAUUUAUUAUUUCAUCUAUUGCUUUAACCUACUUCCCUCCCUUAAUCACCCCUCCUCUAAAACUAACAACAAAUUGUUCUACUUUUCAUUGAAAAAAAUAGUUUAACAAUAUGGCAACUCUUUGCCGCAUUUCAUUCAUUGACAUUUCACACUACUCUUCUCAUGUGUUCUCAUUUUCGUUGCGCUUGAAAAGCUCUCACAGGAAAUCAGAUAACGGCACAUGUAGGGCUGUAUUUUUUUGUUCAAAAGAAAUAAGGAAAUUUAAGCAAUAUUUAUGUUUGUCUACUAUUUGCUUUUGCUCUCUCAAAAAAAUGUCGGUCAAUGUAUUGCCGAAAUGUCAAAGGCAUUAGUACAAGUGUAGAUUUAACGGGAAAAACAACUAACGAUAGAGAAAGAAUGAAAAUUAAAUAGAAAAAAGCGAUUAAAUUAUAGGAAAAAAUGGGCUAAUUAAUAAAAUGAAUUAUUUUAAGUGAAUUAUUGUUUAAAGUUUAUAAAAUAUAUAAAACAAAAAAAGGAAUAACAAAAAUAUGGCUUAUAGAUAAAUGAUUAUAAAAUUAUAUACCAAAGGUGGAAGGGGUAGUGUUAAAAAAAAGCCUUGUGGUGUAAUAAACACAUACACAAACAGAUUUAUAGACACAAAUAUUCCCUAAAGGACAAAACGAAUAGCAAAAAAAAAACUAGAAAAAUAUUAAAUAUUAUAGAAAUAAUAAUAUAAAUAUUAAAAAUUUAACUAGAAAUAUGUAAAAACAAAUAAUAGUUCCCACGUAGAGUUAAAUAAUACCCUGUGAUAGUGUAAUAGAAAUAUAAAAAAAUAUAUGACCAAAAAGAAAUCAAACAAAUUGUUAUAAAAUUUUAGUAAAAAAAGCAGCAAAAUUCCAUGACAUGAAAAUACAAUAUGUAUUCUCCCUAGAGUUAAGACCACUUUAAUUAAAAAAGGAAGAAAAAACCCUAAAAGCAAUUUGAAAUGUAAAUAAAAAACCCCAAAAAAUUAAAAUAAAAACCUAAAAUAUUGUGCUUUAGCAGUUAACGACAACACCAAUUUUUGUAGUUUUAAAUAAAUUAUUAUUAAUUAUUAUAUAGAAAACAUAUACAAAUAAAAAAUAUUUAGUAAACUAUUUAUUUAAUUAAUAAAACAUAAACAAAACUCAUAUAAAUUAAUAAAAAAUAAAGAAAAAAAAAAAAAAAUAAAAGGCAUUUGAACGGAAACUGAAGAAACGAAUAUUUAUUUAGGGAAUUUAUUUAAUAAACAAUAAAAUAAAUUUAAAAACUUUAAAGUUAAAACUUAACCUUUCAACUUUCAUAAAAAAUAAACAAACAAAUCUUUGACAAGUAAGUGCAACUGUAAAUGUCAAAAGUAGCCAAAAAAAAUAUACAGAAUAAUAAACAUUAAAUAACAUAGUAUCUCAAAAAUAAUCCUCCAAAAAACCAAUAAAUAAAAAUAAAUCUGUUUCUAACUCUAUAAACUCUAUUACGCAUUCAAUUUCAAAAACAACCACACAACAAAAGUUGCUAAAACUAAACAACAAAAACUAAUAAAAUAGCAAAAAAAGGCAAAAAAACUUCAUAACAAUAACAAUUGUGCACGAAUAUAACUGCCAAAACAAAAGUAACGUUAAAGUUAAAAAAAGGAAAAACAACACUACAACAACAACAAAUUUACUAUAGUGUCAAAAAAUUAGCUUUAGCUCUCUCUCUCUGACUCUUACUCUUCUCCAAACACAUGUUUAAUAAAACAUAAAUUGUGUCAAAAAUAAAACAGUGUAUGAAAAGAAAACAAAUAAAUUUCUUUAAAUCUAAAUAAAUUCUUUAAACUAAACUAACAUCUACUAACACUAUAGAGUGAGAAUUAUACAAUGAAAUCUUUAUAAAUAUAUUACUUAAUUAAUUAUUAUAAACAGCGCAAAAGGAAAUUAGUGCAGUUUUUACAAAAUCGUUUGUUAAAGAAAAGCAAGAGAUUGGCAGUAUAAAAGCUUUUAAAAGACAAACACACACCAAAUAACACCACAAAAAGCUCUUAAAAACAUAAAAAAUAACUAAAAAGGACCAACAACAAAAAGGAUGCUAACUAGACUAAAAUUGUGAAAACAAAGCUUCAUUAAAACAUAAAUUUAAAAAAAGCUGCAAUUAAAGCGGAAAUAGCUUUCAAUAUAAAUAAACAUUAUAGCAAACAUAUUAUUUAGUACCUAAGAAAAUGCUAAUAGAGCUUUAAUUGUAUAAAAAAACUGUUAAAUUUAAAAACUCUAAACCUAUUUCCCACCCCUUCCAAAACUUUAAAACAAUCUAAAAUAAACUUAAAAUUAACAUAUCUACUGCAGAACAACAACUAAACUAACUUAAUUACUUAUUAACUAACUUUAAAACAAUCAAUUUAAAAUUGCAAUAAGUAAUAAAAAUAAGUAAAAAAACUAACAAAUGUCACAAAUACCCGACGAUGCCAGCAGCAUGAGUGAUGAUGUCUUUGAGGAUCCCGAAACUACACAGCGACGUGUAGAGGAGUCCCGACGCCGUAAAGAUUAUGCCAACACGGAGUAUAGUUUAACAAGGGGGUCGGGUUAUUAUGGCGAUGGAGCUUUGGCAUCAUCGGAAUAUUGUCGUUCACAAACGCCCAGCGGCUAUCCGGGCUAUAGGCCACCGCGUGAAGCUUUACAAAUGUAUGCCUUAGAGGAUGCUGGCUAUACAAUAGAUGAUUAUGAUGAUGGUUGGCGUUCAUAUCAUUAUGAUGAGGUGGGCAUGCCAUCACAUUUGACGCAUCAACAUUUACCACCAUUCGAUGAUACGGUCAAUCAUAAGAGAAAUUCUCUACGUUAG